AUGAACAGCAGUGGUCGACGACCAGGAAGUAGGCGCGACGGAGGUGCCCCGGCCACAAAAGCUUUACCUUCGACAACUCGAAAGAAGCUGAGGCCCGGCUAUCGAGCUUUGAAAGAGAUACGCAAGUAUCAAGGGUCAACGGAGCUCCUAAUUCCCCGUUUGCCAUUCAUGAGACUGGUUCGAGACGUGACUCGGAGUCUGGCGCCAAAUCUGGAUCUGCGAUUCACUCCCGAAUCGUUGCUUACUCUCCAGACUGCGGCUGAAUACUACUUAACGGGAUUAUUUGAAGACUCAAUGUUAUGCGCAUUGCAUGCUAAGAGGGUCACCUUGAUGGUCAAAGAUAUCUAUCUCGCACGAAGAAUUCGUGGACGUAAUCUUAGCUAG